AUGAAAAUAACUUAAAUAUUCCAAAUUUUCCUUGUGUUGCUUUUGAUAUAAUAAAUUGCUGCCAAAUCAACUAAGAAAUGGAGAUAAAAGGUAGAUUAAUCUGUUAAGCUGACAUCAACUAUGUCUCUUGUUACUGAUGAUAUCAAACAAAAGUUAACCUAAGCAAAUGAUAAAUUACAUCAGGCGAGUUUGGGUUAGAUUCAAGCUGAAAAGACUUUGCUUACUGCAAUUAAAGAGUAAACAGAAGCUUCUCAGAAUUUAGUUGAAGCUGAUAAUGAAUUUUAGUAAAUUAUAAAUGAAGCAUUAAAUGCAUCAAAGAUUUAACUAGAACUGUACAAUAAAUUAUUUACUCAAAUAAAUGAUUAGAAAAAAAAGAGAACUAAAUCUCAGGUAGAUUUGGAUACUUUUGCAUUGAAUUCAGCAUUAACAGCUUAAAAUGCUUGGUAAACUUUGGUGUAAGCAAACUAACACUUUUAAGAAGCUUAGAAAUCAUUAAAUUCAAUCAAAGCAGACUGCGAGAGAGCUUAAAUAAAUUUGUAUUCCCUUUAUGGAGGACUAACUGCAGUUCAAAAUGAAGACUAGUAGAAACAAUAAGAAGAUACUUAGUAGCUAAAAGAAUAAGCUAAAUAGAAUUACAUAAACUCCUAAUAGCAGUAUUAAGAAGCCAUUUCUAAUUUACAAAAAGCCUAACAAUCCCUUGUAGAAGCUUCAAAUUCAGCUAUCCAAAAAUAGAAAGAGGCUGACAUCGCUGCAGAGCAAGCAAAUAACCACAUAGAAGAUAAAAGCCAAAAAAAAUCUAAAAAAGAAUCAAAGAAAAAAUACUUUAAGCAAAAGAUUUGA